AUUUGAAAGAUCCAGAAUGCUCACUGCCCCUCUACCCUGUUUCUACUCGCUUGUUUCGUAACACGGUCGCUUCCGGUUCAUGCUUUCGUCUCGUCACGUCACAUGACGUCAAUGGGCAUGUGUUCUGGACCGGGGCAGCAUGGCGGUUCCGUGGAGGAGAUGUUGGAGGAGCAGAUCAGGACGUGCUGUUUUUAAGGACUGGUGCAGCGGUAUCAGUAGAAGAGCUUUCACUCACGCGCUUUUAAUGGGCAGAGAAAGCGCCGCUUCCAGAGAGAUCCUAAUUCAACAGGGAUUGUCACAUAAUUUAGAGAAAUCAAUGUCCGUUAUAAGGCACCGGAACAGAUAUCCGUACCCAUCACAGAGAAUCACCUGUUGCAGUAUACACAGUGAUGCAAAGUUAAAAGAUCCUUUCUCGCUUGUACAAAAUGACUUGCAAAAUUUAUACGGAGACAUUAAAAAGGAGCUGUUCGUGUCCAAAGCGGAGCUGAAAUCUCUGUGCGAUUAUUACUUUGACGGGAAAGGAAAAGCUUUUAGACCAAUGAUUGUGGUUUUAAUGGCUCGAGCGUGUAACAUCCACAGCAAUAAAGAGGGUGUUCUGCUGCCAGCGCAGCGCUCUAUAGCUAUGAUCUCUGAGAUGAUCCACACUGCCAGCUUGGUGCAUGAUGAUGUCAUCGACGACUCGGACACACGGCGUGGAAAACACACCAUUAACCAAGUUUGGGGAGAGAGAAAAGCAAUCCUGGCUGGAGAUUUCAUUCUGUCAGUGGCAUCGAUGGCACUCGCCCGUAUUGGGAACAACACUGUGGUCUCUGUGUUGUCUCAAGUAAUAGAAGACCUUGUGCGAGGUGAAUUUAUGCAGUUGGGCUCUAAAGAGAAUGAAAACGAAAGAUUCAAACACUACCUUGAGAAAACCUUUAAGAAGACCGCGAGUCUUAUCGCUAACAGUUGUAAAGCAGUGUCGAUUCUGGUCAACUCCGAUCCAGAGGUGCAUGAGAUCGCGUAUCAGUAUGGACGUAAUGUCGGCAUUGCAUUCCAGCUUGUGGAUGAUGUUCUGGACUUCACAUCCUGUGCGAAGCUUCUAGGGAAGCCAUCAGCUGCUGAUCUUAAACUGGGUCUUGCCACCGGCCCCGUUCUGUUUGCCUGCCAGCAGUUUCCUGAACUGCAUUCGAUGAUAAUGAGGCGUUUCAGCACUGAUGGAGACGUGGAUCGAGCCUGGCAUUACGUCCUAAAGAGUGAUGGUGUGGAACAGACUAACUACCUCGCCCAACGCUACUGUCAAGAGGCCAUCCGACAGAUCAGCCGCCUGCGGCCGUCUACAGAGCGAGACGCGCUGAUCCGUCUGACGGAGAUGGUGCUGAGCAGAGACAAGUGAGCCUGAAUCCAGAGCUCCAGACUCAGGCAGCUACACACCUCGGCAGGUCUUGUGUCCUCAUCCACCCAAACACACCCAGGCCUUCACAGAGAUCAAAGAAUCAAACCUGUAUGCUUUACCGUACUGUAAUUGCAGAGCUCUUUCUCUCACAGAGCACAUUUAGCCUCGCACGAGGUGUGUUUCUGUGCAGAGACGAAGACCUGCAGGAUCAUUGUAAUUCCAGAUGUUGCAUAGAUGGAGUUGCUGCCGUCACGUGUGUAUGUUUGUGGAUCUGUUACAAUCACACGACUAAACAUCCGUCCACAAAAGGCCAAACGUCUUUCGUUUCUCUGCAAGAUGUUGUCAAUGUACUUCAAGUGCAUUAAUAACAAACAAGGCCUUAAACCACACUGGCUAUGUACUCAAAUAAAUUAAAAGGUAUUUUUUGAAGUAAACAAAUUGUCUGUGUGGUUUUUUUUAUCCGAAGUGUGGUCCAGCAAAUUAGAUCACAAAACAUAAAAAAAUCUAUUUUUUAGAAAUAUAAGCCAUAUUUUUUUCUUCAAUUCUAAUGCAAGAAAAAAGUUAGGAAUGUCUUGCAUUCCCGAAAAACUUGAGACAGUUCUUAUAUUUAUUGCUCAAGAUUGAUUAACAAAGCACAUGUUAUUUUAUUUAAGACGGAAUGUUAUAACGAGC